CGCAGCAGUCCGUUCGUUUCGUUCAGUUGCUGAGAGACUACGAUCGGGUGUGGACGUGCUUUGAAUUUUCGCUGUCGGUUUUCUGUGCAAAAUAUACAAGGUGGUCGGUGUUUCAGGGGUUUUCGGAAAUAGGUGCCACUACUAGGGUAAUUCGAAAGUAUUCGAAUACUUGAGAAAAGCGGUAGCAUCUGUGCUCGUCGUGAUUACUUCCCGCUCUGCGGGGAUUAGAAACUUUGAAUGGAGUUCUGAGUGUGAUUUGAAUGCAGCGCAGGGGAUUUCAGCUCAUAAUAAGCUGAGAGAAGCGAAGAGCGGUGGUAUUAUGCGAAUGCACUUUUGAAAUAAACAAAAUCUGAAGCACGGAAUAGAAACCAUGGCAACCACAAAGUGUUCUUUCGUUCGCCUACUGGGAUUAAUGUUGUCAGUUUUGGUGUUGAAUUCGGUGCGAGCAGUGGAAGAGCUCAAGUGCGAACUGAUUACGGUGGCAGCCUGUCAGAAUUUGGUGUACAACAUGACGGUCGCCUCGGCACCUUUGACUACGGUGGCCAACGGAUCGGGAAACUCGAGUUCCGGCGAACCCGGGGACUCGGCCGGUAUCCGGUCGCAGAUGGACGCGGAACUACUGAUUACAUCCCUCCGGCCGGUGAUCGAUUCGGGCUGCUCGAAACAGGCCCUGUUCCUGUUCUGCUCGUCGCUGUUUCCGCUGUGCUCGGCUAAUGCACCGCGACCGGUCCAACCGUGCCGCUCGCUGUGCGAACAGGUCCGCAAGGACUGCUUCAGCGAUGCCAUCUUCAGCAAACUGUGGCCCACCUAUCUGGACUGUCGGACGCUACCCCAGCCGGAGAAUCACGGUCUCUGCAUGCAGGUUCCCCCGGAAGCUUCCGGCAGUGUCGAAAAGAACACAACCGCCAUCGGUGGUGUCGGUGUUGGUGGAAUCGCCAAUGCUGCAGCUGCCGCCGUUGCCGGUGCUGCUGCUGCUGCUGCUGCUAGCCCCUCGGUUGCGGCUGUUCCGCUCAAACCAUGGUCCAUCUUCAAUCUACCGCCACUGCCGCACGGUUCCGUACUGCAUCCGAAUGCGAUUAUCGAACCGGGUGCGACGCGACCACCUCAUCAUCAUCCCCAUCCGGCGGCUCCGGUUGGCUGCCCGGCAAACUACUCGCUCGAGUACGACCAGUGUAUACCGAAGUGCGGUUCCACCGUCGAUGCCAUGUACAGCGGCCAGCAGAAGGAGUUGAUCGAGUUCUGGACCCUGAUCCUGUCAGCCGGGUGUUUCAUCUUCACGCUAAUGUCGCUGGUUACCUUCUGGACGAAGGCAACGAAAUUCGAGUAUCCUGACAGACCGCUGCUCUUCAUGACAUUAUGCUACAACCUGAUGGGUCUGUGCUACCUGGAACGCACCAUCCUACAUAAUCCCCGGAAAGAGCUUAUUGACCUGCUGGAGUUCAGACAAGAAUGCACCAUCACCUCUCAGUGUCUGGCUUAUUACAUCAUCAAGAAUUACUUGCUGAUCAGCGCCACAACCUGGUGGUUGAUCUUUGGUGUCUGCUGGUAUCUUAGCACCGCCAAGCAGUGGUCGUGCGAAGCACUGGAGAAAAAAUCCGGCCUAUUCCAUGUAAUGGCUUGGGUUGUACCCUUCACUUCUCCCAUCGGGGCGCUGCUGCGAGGAAACAUCACAAAAUUCGAGCUGACAAACUUCUGUACCGCCAAAGGAUUCACCGAGAUUCCAGCACUGAUUCUGCUUCUAAUCGGCGCAAUUCUCAUUUUCCUGGCUCUGGUAGCUUUGAAACGAUUGAAAUCCACCUGGAAUCAGAGUGAAACUCUCUCCAAGGUGUUCACCCGGGUUCUGCUGUUUGCCAUCGUCUACCUAGUUCCGGCACUGUCCGCCGUCAUCUGCACUUUUUUCGAGCGAAUCGAAAAUCCCAUCGAACCAUGUCACUCCGGCGUGUCCUGCCCUGUCCCGCAGAAGUUCUCUCUAGUGCCAACGUUACUGAAACUGAUCCUUACCUUGAUCGGUGGAUCGGCAACCGGUAUCUGGCUGUGGUCGAAGCACUCAACGGACUUGAACAAGAAAUCAUCGCUAACGGGUUCGAACUCAGCCAAUGGUUCGAUUAAAAACGCUCCGCUGCUCAAGGUUCAUCAUCCCUCCAUCGGACGUAAUGGCAGCCCGUACCGAGCGACCACGGUCAGUACCAGUGGCGGACCGGGCCACUCGGGCUCUAGUUCCAGUGCGAAAAAGUACCUUUACAAUCAGGCAUACGGUGGCCACCGGAGUUCGUCCGGCGCUGGCGGCUCGGUCGGCGGCGGCAACAACGGCUACAUGCCGGUUCGGAUACAUCGCAGCCUUCGGGGCAGCUCGUCCGGCGGGACGACAGCUUCGAUCAUUACACGCAUUUGAUGCGCAUAAGCUUCGUGGAGAACAAAAACAACCAGAAACCAGCCAAUCGGAAUAACGAUUACAUUUCCUUCUGUGAUAAAUUGUGUAUGUGUGUGUAAAUUUUGUGCAUGUAUCGUGAGCGAACGAUUUGAGGUUCGUUCUAUAAAAUGUGUUCUAGCUAUAGGUUGUGCUGUACAUGCGAAGGUCAGGGACAUAACAGUCCUAAAAAGUGAGAAACUAUAUUUACUGUGUAAAUGAAUAAAUUAAAUAUUAGUUUAAGGGUUAGAAUUACAAGCUAUAAAAGUGUAUUCAGUCUCCAUUUAGACACUUCGUAGGAAGAAGUUCAAUUUGUUGAUUGUGUAUUGUGUACAUAGGAAGAAUAAUUAAUAUGACUGACCUGUAGCAUCAGAUAAGCUGUAGUUAUUUUUGCUG